AUGUCGUCUCGUAUUAAACGUUCUCCACACGAUUUCGUCUUCAAAGAGGAAUUGGGCAAUGGGUCUUACUCUCGUGUCUAUAAGGCGGUAGAUAGAAGUGAUCCACAGCGUGUUUAUGCCGUUAAAGUUUGUUCCAAGAGACACAUUAUUCACGAGAAUAAAGUUAAGUACGUUACCAUUGAGAAAAAUACUCUAAACCUACUGGCAAGAGCAAAUCAUCCCGGUAUUGUUAAGUUGCAUUCAACUUUCCAUGAUGAAGAAAAUCUUUAUUUUGUUCUGGAUUUUGCCGCUGGUGGUGAAUUGCUUUCGUUAUUGAAUCGUGUUGGUAAAUUUACCGAACCGUGUGCACGUCAUUUUAUUGCACAGCUGAUUGAUACUACGGAAUUUAUUCAUUCGCAAGGUGUUAUUCAUAGGGAUUUAAAGCCUGAAAAUGUUUUAUUGCAUAGAGAUGGUCGAUUAAUGGUUACCGAUUUUGGUACUGCAACGAACAUCACAAAAGAAAAUACCGAAGGUGGGGCAUCGUUUGUUGGUACGGCGGAGUACGUCUCACCUGAAUUAUUACUUUAUAACCAAUGCCAAUUUGCAUCUGACGUUUGGGCAUUGGGCUGCAUGCUUUACCAAUUUAUCGAGGGUGUACCGCCAUUUCGUGGUGAAAAUGAAUUACAUACUUUUGAAAAAAUCGUUGCAUUAGAAUACCCAUGGGCAAAUAAUAAUAAAGGUGGUGUUGUGUCAUUAGUUCGUCGAAUUUUAACCUUAGAUCCAUCUCAAAGACCAAGUUUGACUUCUAUAAAGCAGGAUAAAUGGUUCGAACAAGUCGAUUGGCGUAAUAGAGAGGCGCUGUGGAAGGGAAUUUGGCAGGUCCAACCUCAAAGGCAGCAACCGUUAGAAUAUCAAUAUCGUAACAAUAUUAGUAACCCCAAUCUACCGUUGGCUAAGCAGAAGAGACGGAAACCAGCCAAGGUUGGGAAUACAACGAGUAGCAUUGUAGAGUGGAGGAAAAAAUUGGGUAUUGAAACGCAUCAAAUUGAUGUUAAUCGUAAAAACGUUAAGCCGAGUACAAUCAAUAAUAACAAUAGCAGUAAUAGCAAUAGCACUAAUAACAAUAGCACUAAUAACACUACUACGAAUGGUAAUAACAAGACUAAUAAAUCGAUACGAAGUAAUUCUAUGCUUAAAACACAGGCCGUGGCUCACGUUCAAGAACAAGCAGAAUUACAAGCUCGCAUGAGGGCACCUUUACCCAAGGCACCCGGGAGUAUGGUAAAACCUUCUACGGCAAGUAAACCAACGGCAACAGCAGCAAUCGCAACCACAACAAUACAACCAUCAAUUCACUCGCCUUUACCAUUUCCACGAAAUCGUUCUGAUCCAAUUCCGAAAUCUGCAUCAUCAUCAUUACCGAGUACAACACCUGUAGCACAAAUGAGUAGGCCGCCAACAGCACCACCACCUUUGAACAACACUUCUGUGCAACCACACCCACAAAUUACUAGACCUCCUACUGCACCUAGUUUCUAUCCAAGAACUCCUUCGCCUGUUGGUGUAGCAAGGCCUCCAAUUCAUGCAUCGAUGCCGAAAACCGCCUCCCCAGUGGGUAGAGCUUCUCCCCCAGUGAGGAAGGUUAACUCUACUUCGAGCGAGACUCCUACACCACCAACUUCUGCACCGGCACCGGCACCUGCACCUGCACCUGCUCCUGCCCAAGCGCCAACAUUACCGCCCGCGACAAGAGCUUUCAAGGGCAACGUAAGUGGCUCUGCUCCUAUUGCUAUAUCUCAACCAGUGACGACCCAACCAUUACCUACGCAAGCACCAUCGCUUCCAUCUGCGGGGAAACCAAUUUCAACACCCCCAAAGACCGCACCACCAAAGUUAUCGUUGGACACCGAUCAACGUCCUACCCUACUAACCAAUGGUAGUACAACUGUGGUGUCUACGUCCAGUAAGAGGCCCUCAGAAUCAGAAAUUUUAAAACAGGACUUAGCGCAUAUUUUUGAAAUACCUUUUAAUAGUUCAGGCCCUGAUAUCUCAUUACAAAGCUACAAGAGGGUUGAUAACGACUUAAUCAAGAACUUCGUUGCCAACCAUAAAUCAGAAUUAAAACCAAAGGACCAACAACCUGGCUUCUUGACUCUUCUUAAAGAUGGAACUUUGCAAUACAGACAACGUAAUUCGAGUGUUCGUCAUAUGGCAAACAUCGGAGAUACUAGUUUAUCCAUGUACGAUUUUGAAUUUUACGAAAAACAAGGUAGGGGGUUCCUCAUUUUAGAGAAAUAUCAUCAUAAGGUUUGGUUCGUAUCACUACCAAAGGGUCCCAACAAUAAUAACGGUAAUAAUUCACAAUUCCCCGUCAUAGGAUCUGAUGAAAAUUGGGUUGAUUCCAUCUUCAAGGUACGUCAAUUGGUUGAAGAUCAGGGAUUGGCCGACAAAUUAAAUAAUGUGGAAGUGUCAUCACCACGUCUAUCUUCACCGACUAUUCCAGUGACACCGAUUUACUCUAAGGCGAGAACUCCAUCAGGCGGGUCGAAUACAUCCAAGAAGUAUGUUGCACCUAACAACAUGGUAGUUAGCAGUAGCCGUUCUCAGGUUUUACAUGCCUUGAAUCGUAAUGCAGGUGUUAUGGAUGCUAGCAUGGGAGCUUCAGCAGCUUUCAAAAGUUUACAGAAAAAAUGA